AUGCAAAUAUCUAUUGUUCAGGUUUGGUCAACUCCAAGGCAAAGUUUUGUUGUGGCCAGAUUGGAAUCAGACAGUGAUGGCGAUAUGAUAAACACUGAUAUCGAGGAACUGAGAGAUGCGGCCGAGAGCAUUCAAUCGCUGCAAAGGGUGCUCAAGAUGCCUCCCUCUGAAAUUGGUGCCAAAAAUGCCAGCAAUGAGGAAGAGUCGAACGAUAUAGAUAAACGUCCGAGCGGAAGUGAAUCAAGUUCGGAUACGUUGAGACGACAGUCAGGCAUAGCGUCAUCGAGGACCGGUGGUCAUCCUCGUGGCGUUAUUCAAUUUCUGCCUUCGGUUAAACAAACACAAUUUGUUCCAACACUCGAUUCGUAUAACUGGAAUAAAAGUCACUUGGAAUCGGAUUCCGAAAAGAAGCCAACUUCGUUGCUCAGACGUAAAAUUUCGAUGCCCGAUUCUUAUCUGGCGUAUACUCAGGUGUAUGCUUCAGAACAAAUGCCCGUUCGGUCGGUGAGUGGAAGGAGUAAUCGACGAAUGAUGCGAAAUAGUGAGGAACCGGAAUUAUAUACGAAAAAGGGAAAGGAUUUAUUGGAACAGUCCAAAGGUGGCGUUGACUCACUGGCUGGAGUCAGUCGAUUCUCAAAACUUUUGCGAUCACUCCGCUCAUCGAGACAAAACUCACCUGAACCGCAGACAUCAAUGGAUUGGACCCCGUUGAUACUACCAGAUACGUCACAACAUCAACUACAACAAUCGCUUUUACAAGCUGAUCUCUUGUUGUGGAAGAAACGAUCGCGUGCCUCGCUCCGACGCCAUAACGAAAUUCGUAAUAUGGCGAUCCGUGAACUUCACGAUACUGAGAAAUCAUUCGUCGAAGGACUCGAAUAUCUCAUACAAAAAUACAUGCGACCACUGCGACAACCUCUCGAAUGCACUCUAGUUGAUGCUGGUUUAGCCGACAAGAUAUUUUAUAAAAUCCCCGAAAUUUUGAUUCAUCAUCAGCAUUUUCUAGCGGCCCUUGGCGAUCGACUCGACAACUUUCAAUCUGACACACGCAUUGGAGACGUUCUUCUUUCACACUUCAAAAAGCAGUCGAUGAUCGAAACUUAUAUAGCGUUUGUUGAUAAUUUCAAAUUCGCUAAGCAGGCGAUAAUCGAAGCUCGAGGAAAACCGGCAUUCGAAAAGUAUUAUAUGCGAUGCUGCAGGGAUCAUCGUAAUAAAAUUGAUCUGGACUCAUUGUUGAUAUCACCGAUACAAAGAGUACCAAGAUACGAACUUGUUUUGAAGCAAAUAGUAAAACAUACAUCAGUGGAGCAUGCCGAUUAUGAGAAUUUGCUGAUAGCGCAAAAAUAUGUGCAUGAUUUGGCAACGACGAUCAAUCGGCAGAAAGAGGAGAGCGAGGAGAUGGAGCAGAGACUUCGUGAGAUCGAAGCGAUAGUCGACGGCCUCGAUGAUGUGCGUUUGUGUUCGCAUCGUUCUUAUCCCUAG